CAAUGAGGUCUGAGAAAUGGAUGGUUGGAAUAGCUGAAUGGAAGAACCUCCUUAUAUUCUUUAAAGAAAAAAUAUCAAUGUAAAUGUAAAACAAAUGCCAGCGGGUGUCAAUGGAGAUAAAAGCAGCUCUGCAGAAGAGAAUAAUUCAGACACUUCGGCAAAGCAAUUAAAUACAAAGCAAGAAGCUCGCUCACAAUUCUACAUUGAAUACGAGCUGCCUUUAAUGAGAAUAAAGUACAGGCAAGUGGCAGAAGAGCGCCGGAAUCCCUCGAAUAAAUGACCGCACGUUCUCGUUUUUCUUUCUCUUUGAGCGCCGGGAUCCCCACGCGCGCUGUCGUCGCGCUGCUGACAUUUGAGAGGCUGAAGCAGCUGGACUCGUAAAAUAUUGAUGUUCUUCUCAUAUGGGCAAAAGGAGGGAUCUAAUUUAAUUUUCAAUAAGAAGAAAACGAAAAUCCACCAAUAGGAUGAAAAGCUAAACGAAGCCAAUCUGCGCGCUCCCGGCAUGCUUUGUUAGCAAGGGGAGCCGCGGAGAUCAGGGGAGUAGCGCCGCGUUUCACUGAGCAGGGCGGGUAGGGAGGAGCGCUGAUUAUUCCCAGGUCAAUUUGUUACCAAAUAUACUGCCAGCAUCUACCGCCUUGGUUUUCACAACAGUGGGAUUGCAAUAAUGAAUUUCCUUCGAAGACGCCUUUCUGAUAGUAGCUUUGUAGCCAACCUACCCAACGGUUACAUGAUGGACCUGCAGAGGCCAGAAAGUCCAACACCACCAUCCAUUUCACCAGCAACUGAGCGUAAGCAGCCCCAGCCACCACCACCAUCGUCAGCAUCAGCUCCUUCAACUGGAAGUAGUUUUCUCAGUUCGUUGUCCAGUGCAGUAAAGCAGAGCACUCAGAUGGCUACUGGGCAAGAACCCACAGCCAAUGUGACUCCUGUUGUACGUAAACCGAAAAUCCUUCUUGUAAUUGAUGAUGCACACACUGACUGGGCCAAAUAUUUUCGGGGCAAGAAACUGAAUGGCGAGUGUGAAAUCAGAGUAGAGCAGGCAGAGUUCUCCGAGAUCAAUUUGGCAUCUUAUGUGAAUGGUGGCUGCAUGGUUGAUAUGCAGCUAGUGAGAAACGGUACAAAAGUUGUCAGGUCUUUCAAGCCAGACUUUGUCCUCGUUCGUCAGCAUGCCUACAGUAUGACCCAGGGAGAGGAUUUUCGGAGCCUUGUCAUUGGAUUACAGUAUGGCUGCAUCCCUGGGAUUAACUCUCUACUGUCCAUCUAUAAUUUCUGCAGCAAGCCAUGGGUGUUUUCCCAGCUGAUUAAAAUCUUCCAAACACUGGGUCCAGAGAAAUUUCCUUUGACAGAACAAACUUUCUACCCUAAUCACAAAGAGAUGCUGACAACCCCAACGUUUCCUGUGGUGGUUAAACUCGGACAUGCUCAUGCCGGAAUGGGCAAGGUGAAGGUGGAGAACCAGUAUGAUUUCCAAGAUAUUGCGAGUGUUGUAGCCUUGGCAAAGACCUAUGCCACCACUGAGCCAUAUAUAGACUCAAAAUAUGACAUCAGGAUCCAGAAAAUUGGCAGUAAUUAUAAAGCCUACAUGAGAACUUCUAUAUCUGGAAACUGGAAGGCUAACACAGGAUCAGCCAUGCUGGAACAAAUCGCAAUGACGGAUCGAUAUCGACUGUGGGUGGACUCCUGUGCAGAGAUGUUUGGUGGGCUAGACAUUUGUGCAGUGAAGGCUGUACAUGGCAAAGAUGGAAAGGACUACAUCAUUGAGGUAAUGGACAGUUCCAUGCCAUUGAUUGGAGAACACAUUGAAGAAGAUCGACAGCUGAUAGCAGACCUGGUAGUGGCACGAAUGACGCAGCACCUCAUGGGUGCUAAAUCUCCACAGCAGCAGUUGGCUUUAGGACAGCCCCAGCAGAUGCAGCCCCAGCCAGUUAAGUCUCAGUCAUACCCUCAGCCCGGACCAGGUCCUCAAGCUGGGCAGUCUCUCCAAACCAAACCAACGCCUCAAGGAAGUCCUCGUCCCACUUCAGGUUCUCAGACUCAGCUGCAAAAUGCCCAACAAGUUCCUCCGCAGCAAAAAUCUCCAGGUUCACCUCAGCAGGCAAAGUCGGCUGGAACAUCUCCAAGUCAGACCAACAAGCCAGGUGGAUUUCCACAACAGCAGGCCCAGACGGCGGCUCAAGGACAAAUGUUAUCUCAGCAAGCACCUGGAGCAGCUCCCCCAAAGCAGACUCCGCAGUUAAACAAAUCCCAGUCUCUGACAAACACUUUCAGCCUCUCUGAAACACUGCAGAGAAGCAACACUUCAGAAGACGAGGCCAAGGCAGAAACCAUCAGGAGCCUACGGAAGUCCUUCGCUAGUCUCUUUUCAGACUAGGCCACUUUGAAGCUGGAGAAGAUCUAAGAAGCCAGACAGUCUGUCACCCAGCUUCCCCAGUUCAUCCAGGAGGUCUUUGAGUAUAUUUCUCCCUGGAGAGAAGUCAAUUGUGGAGUUGAGAAAAAUGGGGGAAUUGCUUACCUGAGGCAGGCAAGACCCCACAGGGGAGGCGCCCGUAGUCUCGGCCCCGAUUUUACCCUUGGUUCCUUUGAUUUUGUUUGUGAUGCUGUUUCUUUAAUUUGGUGUUUGAACUGAACUGUUUUUUUCAAAAGAAUCUUUCCCUUUGCUUUGAUUUGGACUGACUUUAAGAGAAUUUCUAUCGGCAGAUAUUACUUUAGUAUUUGAUUUUAAAAAGGAGGAAGAGAAAGAAAAGCUGAGCAGCCAAGGCUAACUUCUGUUUUAUUGAGAAAUUCAAGGCGGCCCAUAUACAUUUUGGAGAAAAAAAUAUAAGACUGAACUUGGCAUUUCCAUUCCUUUCUGAUCCCAGUGCUGAUCACAUCAGGAGAUUGUGUCGAUGCUAAUGGAGUAGCAAGUUAAGUUACCAUUUACUCUUAACGAAAAUAUCAGGCUGAAGAGCUGUGUAUAGUAAAGCAAGUGACAUAUAGUUCUGGACAAAUCAAAACCAUAGCAUACAUAAACCGAUCCGUCCUGUGCCCCUAACUACACUCCCCCACAAUCCAUUUCCAGAUGUUCCAUCUUACAGUCUUGUAGGACAGUCAGUCCUGCCUUAUUUUUUUGUAUUUGUGCAGUUACUGUUGUACAUGGCGUGUGGAGUUUGUCCCGUUUAAAUCAUUUUUUAACACACAAUAUGAUCAGCUUUGUUGGUGGAAGUGGCCAUUUCUUGUCAAACCUUUUUCUUAUUGCCUUUCUAUGCUCAGCUUUCUGUUAUCACACUUCUGCUGGAUUAUGACCAACAAAUCACUUGGGAACCAAUAAUCAAGGAGCGUCAGUACGUGGUAAAUGUGAACAUAAGCGCAGUGCUCACUGAUAGCACCAUUGCUUCCAUGUUUAUCGAUUUGAACAAAACUGUUCAUCAAGAUCAAAUCCCAUGGCAGUUCCUAAAAUUCAUCUGACUAUCUUUUCUAGAGGUGGCAAAGGCUUGUCUUUUUAUACCAAGGGGGAUGAAAACAUCAAUGCAAGCACCAAUUGCACCAGCUUGAUGAGACCAAUGCCACACCAAAACUGGACUUGCAUCCCCUGAAGCAAACGAGAAACACCUUUAAAGUGGACAUUUGGGAGAGGCCGGUGGUUACUGUGCCUGCCAUACAGAUCCAGGGGCAUGGGUUCAGUCCCCGGCUCAGCACGGUCUGUUUGUGGUUUGCAUGUUCUUCCCAAGAUUUGUUGGGCAUCUCCAUUUCCUAAUAGAUCUCAAAUACUUGUAUGUUAUGCUGAUUGGCAAUUCAAAAUUCCCUUUAUACAAGUGACUUUGUAUGUCCUUUAAUAGACUGGCAUUGUACCCAGGCCUAGUGAGAUAAGCUUCAGGUAUCCACAAACAUGUGGUGGACAAGGUGGGCCCAGUAGGAGAAUGGAUAGAUGGAAGAAUGGAUGGAUGAAUAAAAAAGUUUGAUAACGUUUAUCUAAUUCUUACAAACUAACUACAGAGCACUGAAGGAUACUCUAGCUGUAAGUAUGCUGCCAUCUGGCAUCUUUUGUGGCACACAAGUGGCAUUCACAUUUAUACUGCCAUGUCUUAAACAUGCAAUAUGAUGACCAAGCGAAUCUGUCACCUCGGGGAGCUAACAGACGAUUUUGCAGAAAGCCCACUGGUGCUGUCAGUGUCCUACUGUACUACUGUUGGUUAAAAUUGGGUACGGGAGACUUGACAUUUAAUAAUUAAAUAAGUGAUUGAGAUCAAAUCGUAAGUUAGAAAAGUUUUUAAAAUAUUGUUCAUUUCUUAAUGCAUGUAGGUGGUUGAUAACUAAUGGGCUAUUUUUCUUUUAAGCCUCUUCUUAAGUGUAUUAACAAAAAUGUUUUUACUUCACCAGAAGAAACCGAAAACGUGCUGAUAAAGUGUCUGCAUUACGUGUACACGUUACAGAUCAAGUUGUAAUUUGCUUUAAAAUCACUUUAACUGUGCAUCAUGAAGUAGAGGCGGGCGCUAGAAGGCCAGCUCGAUCUGUUCAAGUAGGCAUCAGUACUUGAAAUAUGGAGGAGCUGUUUGAACUGUCCUUCAUUGGGUGUCGUCUCCUUCUUUUGAGAGGGUCUGUUCUUGUUGACAAUGCCUUAUGGAAUAUAACGAUCAUAGAUCAAUUUCACAAAAAUGUACACAUGCAUUGUCAUUGUUAUUUCCAUGAUCAAGAAUAAAAUUAAGUGUACUGGUGAAUUAAAUCACACAGGACACAACAUCUCUUGUUCUUAGGACUACGCUCACUCACAUCCACUAUUUUCAGGCGGAGGCUCUUUGUAUCUUUUGAUCAAUAUUUAAUCGUAGCACUGCCAAUCCACAAGUCAUUAAAUGCCACAUAAAGUUGCAGUCUUCUAUUUGGCAAACAUCACUUAAAAUAAGGAAGUUAUUCAGUCUUACAAAUCAUGGGUUUCAAACUCAAAUCCUGGAGCGUCGCGGUGGUAGCAGCUUUUCAUUCCAGCCACUUUAUUAGUAACCAGUCACUGGUGCUAAUGGAGCCGACAUCACUCGGUUCAACUCGAAUUGACGUGUAGCUUAAAAUUCAGAAUCCUUCAUUGAUUCCUUUUUUGCCAGCAAGCAGACAAUAAUGAGAUGCAAAGUGAGCCGAGAGAUAUCAGGCUACAUUCAUAUGACUACAUCUCCUAAAAUCCUGGGACGAGACGUGAUCUUUUGAAGAGAGACACUUUCAAGUCCUGUGAGACAAGACUGCGUGCCAAGAGAUAUAACCAUGCCCGGAAAUAAAAGACAAAGAGUAGAAGACAAAGUAGAACGUAGUAAAGAAUUCAAAAACGUUGGCGCGAUACACA